AAUAAUGAUGGAAGACUUGGAUGUGAGGAAGGCACAGGGACCUGAUGGAGUGUCUGAUUGGGUGGUGAAGGAAUGCAGAGAUCAACCUGCACACAUGAUUUACAAACUCAUCAUAACUUCAUUAAGGGAAGGAGUGGUGCCCAACAUUGGAAAAAAAGCAGGUAUAGUCCCCAUAUAUAAGAGUGGAAGCAAAGAAGAACCAUUUAAUUAUAGACCAGCAUCAUUAACAAGUGUAGUGGCAAAAUUGUGCCAAAGAAUAGUGAAGCAAAGAUGGAGUGAAUAUCUGGAAAAGAGAGAAAUAUUAACAGACAGACAAUUCAGAUUUAGGAAAGGAAGGUCAUGUAUAACAAAUUUAAGAUGCUUCUAAUCCAGUCAUAGAUAUAGUACAAGAAAGAGAGGGAUGGGCAGGUUGUGUUUAUUUUGAUAAGGUGCCUCACAGCAGACUGUUGUGGAAAUGAGAAAUGUCUGGUGGGCUGAGAGGAGCACUCCUACAUUGGAUCAGUGACUUUCUGAGAGGAAGGGAAAUGAGAAUAGUGGUCAAAGAUAAAAAGUCAUCAUGGAGAGAGGUAUUAGUGGUGUUCUGCAGGGUUCAGUACUACCACCAGUCAUGUUUGCUACCUGUGUGAAUGAUGUGAUGGAAGGGGUGAAUAGCUACAUGAGUCUAUUUGCUGAUGAUGCAAAAUUGAUGGGAAAAGUGGAGAGGACAGAGGAUUGUGAAGCUCAACAGGGAGAUCUGAAUAUGAUUUGGGAUUGGAGUGACACUUGGAAAAUGGAGUUUAACAUAAAAAGAUGAGGAGUGUUAAAGUUUGGGCAUAGUUGUGUGAUGCCAGUCUUCAGUUAUAAAUUGGGUAAUGAGGAAAUAAAAGUGAAGAGUGAAGAGAAAGACCUUGGAAUUACUGUCACUGAUAAGUUGUCCUCAGAGGUACAUGUAAGAAGAAAGACAGGGGAAACAUAUAAUCUGGUGAGAAACAUAAGAACAACAUUCAACUACCUGGAUGAAGAGAUGAUUAGGGAUGUAACUGACAAUGAUAAGACCUAGUUUGAAAUAUGCAGCAGCGAUGUGGUCUCCCAGCACUAAAAGGGACAUAAAGAAAUUAGAAAGAAUACAAUGAGCAGCGACAAAGUUGUCUCUGAACCUAUCAGACUUAUCAUAUGAAGAGAGACAAACUAAACCUACCCACCCUUGGAAGAGAAGAGAGAGAGGUGAUCUGAUGGCCUUGUAUUGGAUUUUGUCAGACUGUGAAAAACUGGACCAGAGUAAUUUGGUGGUGAGAGACUUCAGAAGCACAAGAGGGCAUGAAAAGAUGAAGAAGAAAGGGGCAUCCUUGGGGGCAUCCAUUACUGGCAGAAGCCCCAGUGUGCUGAGUGACGGGGCGGCAUGACCUUGCACCAUCAGAGGGUCAGGCUUCAGUGAGGAGCAGUUCAGCUACUUCAAUCCCUCAAAAGGCAAUUAGGUGUUCUUGGUGAAUGAGGAGGAGGAGAUUGAAUGCAGAGUGAUUGCCUACCUGACCACCAAGGAUAGGAUUGCCUGCGCCAGUGGGUGAAUUGCGGCAGUGCAGUGCAGACUCCAAGGCUCCCCGAGUGUACAGCAUUGUUGUGUGUGUGGAUGGGGUGUGUGUGCCAGACUCCUCACAUUCUGUAUUGGGCCUUUGUUGGAGGCGUCCCCUGUGAUAUAGUGGACGACAACCUGGAGCUCUGUGACACACUGACAAGGGAGAAGGUUACUUGUCGCUCCAAGGCUAAGCUGGUCGGCCCCAUGAAUGUCACUGUCUGCGUUACCGGAAGAGGCGCGUCUGAAGUGACCAAGAUAGGAAGGCCAUCACUAGCAGACCUCUUGGGUGGUUUCCAAGACCCCAGCUUGGCCUUCAAGACACUUAACCAUACCAGGGUCUUCCUCCAGCAGCUCACCAGAAUAUAACUGGAUAACUUGCCUGCUGCCAGCACCUCCAGGCCUCUAGAGGUUGUGGCACCACAGCCUGCACAGCCCCUCAAAUCCCCAACAAGAACAAGAACACAACAGGGUAGUGGGAGUGAUGGCUUCAGGACACACUGCCACUGUACAGGGCAGCUGUUACUCUUGUACAUCAUGUGCUGCUUACAAGACUGUGCCUAAAAAUCUGAGAGGAAAAAGUAAAAGCUCACAGGACUGGUUGACGAGACAGCUAAAUGACCCUUAUGUGAAGUUGACCAAGCAACAUCAGCGCAGGCAUUGUCCAUGAUGCUUCCUGUGUUGUGGUUCCAUCAUGGCAGGCAUGGAAGUGCCUCUCACUGCAUCACCGCCUCAUGAUCAUUGAGAGCAUGGACACAGACACUGAGGCCCUAGUGGGUACGUGGACCUCCUCAAUGGACAGAUGGACAGAGGCUGGUGUGCUGGCUACAUGUAUCAGGAGCAAAUCUCAACCUUCUUCUCUGUUGUGGCAACAGGGAUGACAUAUGAGAUGACCAUGACCAGCAUGCCCCUUCAGGUGCUGCGUCUGCACCUGCCACACAGUCCAUCCUCUGAGGCCGUUGUCCUGCUCAUCUUCCCAAAGCCUCAGCGUUAUGACACCUAUGUGGAUGGUGUCUUUGUUCCCCCAGCCAACCUCAACACCUCUGCAGCUGGCUACAAGCUGUUGCCUGAGAACCCCACCCAUCCUCAGGCUUUCCUUCCCAUGUUGGACAAUGCAAUGGGGACCAACUUCUUCCAGCGCAGUGCUAAGCUGGUCCAUGUGGUGCUGUGCGAAGGCCACAUCCUUGACAUCAAGACCACGCCCAUGAUCACCCUCACCAGUGGCCUCAUGGUGAAGGAAGAUGAGUUUUAUGAGCAGAACGUGGUGUUGAAUCUGGCCAGCCUGUUUGAGGUAUCCCCAGACAACAUCAGGGUCAUCAGUGUUAUGCAGGAGCUCUCCAAGAGACAGCAGGGAAGGCUGGAGGUGGGCACAGUGAGGAUGCAUGUUGGGUCUGGUCUGUGUUGAGUCUGACUGUGGUGGGUGCAGCUGUGUUCAGUGUGGCUGUGUUGAGUCUGGCUUUGUUGGAUCUGUGUGUUGUGCGUGGCAGUGUUGGUCUGUGUUAUGUGUGACCAUGUUGUUUGUGGCUAUGUUGGGUGUGGCUGUGUUUGGUGUGGCUGUCUGGGCUGCCUGGUCUCCCUUACUAGUAGGAGCUCAACAUGCAAGACUUAUUCUCAAAUGUUUGGGAGUUUCAACUAAUUGGAGAUCUAAUGGAAUUUAUCUGAGUUUUCAAGGUAAUUUUUAUGACACUUGUGAUAGGGAAUGAUUUCACUAUGAAAG